AAGCCGUCGGACUGUUUUUCAGUUGCUCCAUUACUUGAAGUAGUAUCUUUAAGUGAAGACGUCAGUUUUCUACACGUUUAUAACAUAUUUAAGGUCAUAUUCUCUACCUCAUCUCAGCGACAAUGGCAGGAAACUUCUGGCAGAGUUCGCAUUACCUGCAGUGGGUGUUGGACAAGCAGGACCUGCUGAAAGAGCGUCAAAAAGAUCUGAAGUUUCUUACAGAGGAGGAGUACUGGAAGCUGCAAAUAUUUUUUGCAAAUGUGAUCCAAGCUUUGGGGGAACAUUUGAAACUCAGACAGCAGGUCAUUGCCACAGCUACUGUCUACUUCAAACGCUUUUAUGCCAGGUACUCUUUAAAGAGCAUAGACCCAGUAUUGAUGGCGCCUACCUGUGUGUUUCUAGCCUCUAAAGUGGAGGAGUUUGGAGUCGUUUCAAACACUCGCCUUAUUUCUGCAGCAACCUCUGUGUUAAAAACACGAUUCUCCUAUGCCUUUCCUAAGGAGUUCCCAUACAGAAUGAACCAUAUCUUGGAAUGUGAGUUCUACCUACUGGAGCUUAUGGAUUGCUGUCUGAUUGUGUACCACCCCUAUAGGCCUCUGUUGCAGUAUGUACAGGACAUGGGUCAGGAGGACAUGCUUCUUCCCCUAGCAUGGAGGAUAGUGAAUGACACAUACAGGACGGACCUGUGCCUACUCUAUCCACCCUUCAUGAUAGCCCUCGCAUGUUUGCAUGUAGCGUGUGUGGUGCAGCAGAAAGAUGCCCGGCAGUGGUUCGCUGAGCUCUCAGUGGACAUGGAUAAGAUCCUGGAGAUCAUUAGAGUAAUCCUGAAGCUAUAUGAUCAGUGGAAGAACUUCGAUGACAGAAAAGAAAUGCCUGCCGUGCUGAACAAGGUGCCCAAACCCAAGCCCCCGCCCAACAGUGAGAAUGACCAGAGCUCCAAUGGGAAUCAGAACAGCUCGUAUAGUCAGUCCUAAAGCUCCCCCUGCUGGAGCAGCCUAAGGCACUGUUGCCUCAGGCAGCCCUGACCAAAAACAGCAGCACAUCAUGGACAUCUGAACUCUGCUCCAGUCGGAACACAUGUUUUAAUGGCUGAGGGAUUACACAGACCUGCUUCGCAGACUCUCUCUCUUCAUCUACUAGUUAGAGCAGAUGUGAUGCCUGCUGUGUUUGCUUCACCAUUCAGAGUCUGUGAAGCUAAAUUUUGAUUACUGUAUGGAGUCACAAAGGUGGCUUCAGCUAACCAGCUAUGGGAAUCCUGCUAAAACUCUGACGUUUUGCAUUUAUAUGGCUGACUGUCUAUGGACACACACCCACACACACACAACUCCCACAGCUGUCUGUGAAAUGUGCUCAACUAUGUUGUUCUUGAUCCUGACUUCCUUGAAAAAUCCCAUGAAGCAGGUGCUCUGUGGGAACAAGAAAACUUGAUCAAUUUUUUUGCAGUCUUGUGUGGAUGAGUGGGGUGACAGUGUGGGUGUCUGUCUGUCUGUCUGCCUGUCUGCCUCUUGUUGACCAUAUCACAGUUUGCAUUCCUCAGGGAAACAGCAGUCUGCUCUACAGAAGGCUGGCUGUGAACUGACUGGCCACAGGGCUAUGUGUGUUGAUCUCGUUGGACCCUUGUACUGUGUAAUCAAAUCCUGAUUGGCUAUUUUUCCUGAGAGCAGGCAUAGGCACUGUGAAUGAGAAAGCACAGGUUGUAUUAUUUGUCUCCUUUAGAAGUGCUUGUUCACCACUUUCUCCCAAAACUGCACUUGUAAAUAUGCUUUCAAAAAUGUAUAUUUUAAAAAAAAAUGACUUCAGAUUCAUUUACUUUGAAUUUGUUGUUCUUGUAAUUGCCUAUAACCAAACAAUUUUAAUUUUGUCUUGUUGGCAAACUUAUUAUGUUGUACUCUUGGGUGUAGUAUGUUCAAGUAGCCUAAUGGCUGUGUAUAAUUCAUGUUUUUUUUUCCUUCCUAGCCAGUAUUUGACAUUAGUUUUUAAGUGAUAUUGGAAAUUUUUGGUUUGUUUUGAUUUGCAAAAGGGUCACUGGCAAUUGGUCAUUAAGUCUUUCACAGCAGCCUUGAAUCAUACAGCAUUGGAGGCCCUUUUUUGUGCUGUUGUGAGGAGAAUUUUGUAACCCUUUUCUUGAGCGUGCCAGCUCAAAAAAACAUCCCCUUUGUGUUGUUUGUUUUUUGAGAUAGUGUUUGUGUGUAUGAUUUACCUGUAAAUAUGUUAAGCAGUGGGUUAGUGGAGUAGAAGUUUUUUGAAUUUUGUCUCGUUUUUUCGGCUGUCACAGAUUGAAUGCCUUAUUCAAUAAAGCUGCUGGUUGACCUUA